UCUCUCUCUGCUUGGGUGGGUGGUGAAUGCACAUGAAGAAUGGUAAGCUACUCUUCCACAUUGUUUUUCAUGAAGUCACUUUAAAACUCCCACAGAUUUUCGUGGCUGCCAGACAGAAAACCAGGCAAGAGAUAAAACAUAACUAUGAAUUGGAUGCUGUGACAACAAUGCAUUGUCUCCAUAAACCUCUGCCCUAUUUAAUCUUUGGUAAGUACUUUUCUCAUUAUUUUAUGUUUGAAAAUGUUACAGAUUACAAAUUUAAAAAAUCUCAACGCCAAUAAUUCUGAAGAAUACAUCUAUCGUAUGCUGUAUCCCAUCCUCCAUUCUCCAAUUUACUGUAUGCCAAUGAGGUUGUUGUAGUUUUAGCUAGGUAAUUUGAACUGUUUUCUCAUACUAUACUAUACUGAGUAUACUGUAUAUCAUUUUAAGUAGUCACUUGUUCCAGGAAUGAUGAUGAUCUUCAAUUGUGUGUUUUGGCUAACUGUUGGCAGGGCUUGACAUUAACUUUUUCGAAAGUUAAGAGGAAUUGUUUUUUUUACUUUUCCGAAAGCUCAAGUCUCAAGUUUUUUUAAGUCUGUAACACCAUGGGCCAAAAAAGGUGACUGAAAAUGUUGUUGUAUAAACCACUUUACAAAAAUAAAAUGAAUUAUUAUCAUUAUUAUUACCAUACAGAGCCUCAGAAAAAAAUGCAGGCUACUCUGCCUAUUGGCUUCUUUGCAUAUUCAAACCUGUCUCAAAAUACAACACCGCCUCUUUAAGACAUAAAAAGGCUUUUUACCUGACACAUUUUUCCAAGAUAGUUGGUUUUCUCAGGGUUCAAACACAUUUUGACAGAUGUAAUUCAUGACUUUUCCAUGACUUUUAACCACAUUUCCCUGAUCAAUAAUUGGCGGUGUCUUUGAAAAAUUAAGCAUUAUGUGGUAUUGACACUGGAAGGCUGCUGAUCCCAUGUACUAUCUCCUGCCAUUGUGCCCUUGAGCAAUGCACUUAACCCUCCACAAAGUUAAAUAACUGCACUGUUAAGCAACUGUUUAAACACAUAAACACAAACCUCCAUCUGGAGAGCUACUGGGUGUAACAUUAGCUCAUUCAAUGAAUUCAGGGAUCAAAUGGCUAAAGUGGGCUACUUCAAAGCAAGGUAGCUAGCUUACUAAGACAUGUUUAUCUAUAACAUUGUAAGGCUAACAUAUUCAUGUUUCAGUAGGGCUGUGACGAUCAUGGACUUUGGGGUAACCUUUUUUUGUCAUGUAAAUGUGGUGCUGUAAUAGUCAGAGUGCCAGCCUCUUUAGCUAACAUUCCACUCUUUUGACUUUCUUUUUUUUAGCUUAAAAUAAAUAACUUUCUCGUUUAUGAGAUACAGACAAGUUGUUUUGCAUCAUAUCAUAUUGCUUUUUUGGUUGUUUGUUUUAGUUUUAAUAUAAUCUUUCAAUAAUUCAUAAAGUUCUACACACUUGUUUCUAACAUGUAGCUCAGCAUUCCUGAACAGUCCCACUACAAACUUCAUUUCACCUUACUUUACCUGUAUGCACCGAUUUUGUCCCUAUGUUGGAGGUCAUCUGAUAAAAAAAUAUCCUCAGAGAAGCGUUUUUAACUCGACCUUCAGUAAGCAGGUCUGUAUAUUGUUUUGUAUUUCCGUUUUUUAUUUUUAAUCAAUUCACACAUGACAAACACUUACCGGUACCCCAAAAAGUCGGGCUAAUAAUACUUUCCUGUGGACAUUUUCUCUCCACUUCCUACCGCCAAAAGGACCAACAGCAUGGACAACUGGUGUUCUCUUUGGAUAUUUUACCCCACUCUCUUCCCUUCUCCAAGUUUCUCCAGUGACCUGUAGGUGCAAGAACAUCUCUUCAUGUUAUGGACACUGUGUCACAUCCCAAGAGGGAGUCAGUGAAUUAGAUUGCUUUGGUAAACAUCUGGGCUUAAGUAGGAUCGGCUGGAAAUGUGUGUGGACACCUGUAAAACACCAAACACAAAGAUACACACUCUGUAUAGAACAGAAAACACAUAGCAAAAUGCACGCAAACAUAUCGGAGACGUCUCAGACUAUUUAUCUGUCCAAAAGGUUUAACAUGACAGCUCAUGUAUUUGACAAGAGUGAUUUGAAGAGCUGCACAAAGACUGUUUUCAGAGGUUCACCUCAACAAUUGGUUCGAUGCGGCCCCCCAUCUAAUGUACACUUGAAUCGCCAUUCAAGACAGCUGGAUAUCCAGGCCUCCUGGAGGAAGGAGGAGACCAAAUAUAUCCCUCUUUACUCUGUGAGAUACAAGGAACUGAACAGCACGCAAUGGAAAGAGCCACCAGUGCAAUCCAAGGAUAGAAAUAGGUGCACUGUGGGUAAUCUUAACGCCUCACUGUCCUAUGAGGUGCAGAUAGAGUGUGUGGCCAACAACAAAUGUACCCAGUGCCCCUGGAGCGAGGUUUUCACAGUCCCACCUGAACUUACUGAUACGCCUGUCAUUGAAAUGGUAAAAGAUAGUCGUCCACAAACCAAAGGGAGGAGAUUAGUGAUCAUAAAAUGGAAGUUUGCAGCCAGUGAGUUAGCGGAGGGCUACAGUGUUUCCGUGGGGAAAGCCUCAGGAGAGGACCCUAUUGAGACCUUCAACACCAGCAGGCACCUAUUCAUAGUGACCCUGUCUCACUCAGCCUACCACCUCAAAAUCACAGCUUUCAACGGGGCUGGGACCUCACCUGCAGCACAGAGCACUAUACGGCCACUGGACGACAAAGACUUAUAUGGGAAGCUGAAUCUGACAUUCAAUGGCAACACGUCCUUUACUGUCUCCUGGGUGGAUGACCUGAUCAAAACCUACUCCUGCUUCUCAGUGGAGUGGUGGACGAGAGGAAACAAAGCUGCUCACAAGUCCUUCUAUGAGGAUGAAAACAAUUAUGAAGUCAUACCAUUGCACGAGCCAUUAGAGCUGUAUAAGAGGUACACCUUCACUCUGCACACGAGGCCAGACAAAGAGCCCUGCAACCUGAAGUUCAUCAACAACAGCGAGAGCACCUACGGGAGCAUCCAGUCCUACUUCACUGAAGGAUCCCCAAUUAGUGCCCCAGGGAACAUCAGCAGCAGUAAUGUUACCCAGAGAUCCAUGGUGCUAGAGUGGACGUCAGUCUCUGAGAAGGACACCAGAGGUUUCCUGCUGGGCUACAUCCUCCACUACACAGAGAGCCCAGAUGACAGGACAGACGCUGAGACAAACGUCACUGUGGAUGCUGGUUCAACCAGCUACGAGUUGGUGGACCUAAAAAGCAAUACUGUGUACCAAGUCCAGCUGUCUGCCUUCACUGCUGCAGGAAUGGGAGUGAGAAGCUCAGCUGUAUACUUCGAAACCAAGUCAACAGCAUCCCUGUCUAUUGGUGGUAUGAUAGCAGGGGUCCUUAUUGGAGUAGCUUUACUCUUACUUGUGGUUAAUCUCGGCUCUUGGUUGUUAAAAAGAGCAAAGAGAAUACUUUGGCCAAGUAUCCCUAAUCCUGGUAACAGCAAUGCCAUCCAGAAAAUAGAUGGGGUCUGCGAGCUGGAACUCCUGGAGCCCAUCAACAGAGAGAAGUUAGAGGAAGAGGACGCCAACAGUCUGCACAUUGUUGACAGUAGAGAAGAAACGUCUCCCGUUAGCAACCUCCAUAGCAACAGCGACUCAUGUCUACACCCCAACACAGACCACGAGGAGAAUCAAGGGCCUUCAGAGACAACCGCAGACUCUGCCGAGCCCACUAAAGUAGACCCUCAAAUCAACAUGGGCUUGUGCCGAAGAGACACAGCCACAGACAGUAGCGCUCAAGAUCCCACUUCUGACACCAUUAAACCUACCAGAGACACAAGACAGACAGACCCUGUCCACAUUAGUACGGUGGCCCACCAGUGCCCGCAGUUGUCCUUUAUGAGUGAUUACACAACCAUGGAACUCUUCCAACAGGCUCUGACACAAUGUGAUCCAGCCACUAUAUCAUUGGAACCCCAUGGCCAGUCAGAGGACACAGACUCCCCCCUGACCAGACCAGAAGUAGAUUACAUACACCAGUCCCUCUAUGAUACUGUCCUCCACCUGUCCCAAGGCAGCACAAGUCCAAAUGAGGUGUAUUACACGGUUCUUUGAGAAUGUUUACUGUAGAUUCUAGAAUCUGCCUUUCUCACAGAUGCUGUGGGACAAUUCUCAGCCUUUCAUCUAUGUGAAAAAGCCAGCUGCUGCUAGUCACCCUGUUGACUAGCCUACUUAAAGAGUUCUGGACAUGAUUGGAUCGUCAUAACUCUGGAAUGAGAAACCUUUCAAUGACAUACAGGAACUUAAAACGCUGUUAUCCUAUCAAUACGUGUAUUGAAAGCCUGCAGUGCGGUGGUCACAGAAUGUAUUGAGGGAUUGUUUGAGGAGCAGAAUUUUCCCAAUCGUUUUUUUGUUUGUGGUUUUAAAUAAAAUCAUGAAUCAGA